GAAGUGCAACUGGAACUUGUUCGGGGCGCGGAUCCGGAGAGGGAAAGUCGUAACAACCGCACGAGGGAGUUCGGCUGGCGAGCUGGAAGGCCACGCCUCCUCCCGCCUCCCCCCACAGCCCUGUAGCUGGGGGCAGAGCUCAGACUGUCUUCUGAAGAUUGAUGUCUAUUUCCUUGAGCUCUUUAAUUUUGUUGCCAAUUUGGAUAAGCAUGGCACACGUCCAGCAGGGAGGUCCAGAUGAAAAAGAAAAGACAACAGCCCUCAAAGAUUUAUUAUCUAGGAUAGAUUUGGAUGAACUAAUGAAAAAAGAUGAACCACCUCUUGAUUUUCCUGAUACACUGGAAGGAUUUGAAUAUGCUUUUAAUGAAAAGGGGCAGUUAAGGCACAUAAAAACUGGGGAGCCAUUUGUUUUUAACUACCGGGAAGACUUGCACAGAUGGAACCAGAAAAGAUAUGAAGCGCUUGGAGAGAUCAUCACGAAGUAUGUAUACGAGCUCCUGGAAAAGGACUGUAAUUUGAAAAAAAUAUCUAUUCCAGUAGAUGCCACUGAGAGUGAACCAAAGAGUUUUAUCUUUAUGAGUGAGGAUGCUUUGACAAAUCCACAGAAACUGAUGGUUUUAAUUCAUGGUAGUGGUGUUGUGAGGGCAGGUCAGUGGGCUAGAAGGCUUAUUAUAAAUGAAGAUCUGGACAGUGGCACACAGAUACCUUUUAUUAAGAGAGCUAUGGAUGAAGGAUAUGGAGUAAUAGUACUGAAUCCCAAUGAAAACUAUAUCGAAGUAGAAAAGCCGAAGAUACAUGUACAGUCAUCUUCUGAUAGUUCAGAUGAACCAGCAGAAAAACGGGAAAGAAAAGAUAAAGUCUCUAAAGAAACAAAGAAGCGACGUGAUUUCUACGAGAAGUAUCGUAACCCCCAAAGGGAAAAAGAAAUGAUGCAGUUGUAUAUCAGAGAAAAUGGUUCUCCUGAAGAACAUGCAGUCUAUGUGUGGGACCAUUUCAUAGCCCAAUCUGCAGCUGAGAAUGUAUUUUUUGUUGCUCAUAGCUAUGGAGGACUUGCUUUUGUUGAACUGAUGAUUCAACGAGAAGCAGAUGUGAAAAGUAAGGUGACUGCUGUGGCGUUGACAGACUCUGUUCACAAUGUGUGGCAUCAAGAAGCUGGCAAAACGAUUCGAGAAUGGAUGAGAGAGAACUGUUGUAAUUGGGUCUCUAGCUCAGAACCAUUAGACACAUCAGUGGAGUCCAUGCUGCCUGACUGUCCCCGAGUCUCAGCAGGCACCGACCGUCACGAGCUAACUUCCUGGAAGAGCUUCCCGUCUAUUUUCAAGUUCUUUACCGAAGCCUCUGAGGCAAAGACCAGUUCCCUGAAGCCGACUCUGACGCGGCGCUCCCACCGAAUAAAGCACGAAGAGCUGUAAGAGGAGAGCGAGCGAGACGGGGGAGGGGAAGCCGAGGAAGCACACUCGAGCAUAUGCAUCCACACGUCUCCCCACCGCCUGUUGUCGGCGAGCAGACUCCCAGCCCCUCAUUAGAUUGUUUUCUUCCUAGAGCACAGGGUCGUGAUAUAUACAUCUAAAUAGCGUUUUGCAUUAUUUCUAGAUGAGUGCAACUGUCAAAGCAAUAUGGGUUCACUGGUCGUGCUUCCUGCGGGCUGUGCUCGGGCUUCGCGCUGCCCGUCAGCGCGCAGAUUAAGGCCGACAGCGCCCUGCCCGGCGCGGCCGGCGCGCCUCUAAUUGCCCUGAUGGAGCCCGCGCCGGUGCUGCGGGGCGAGGGGCGUCUGCGCGGUCCUACCGCCGGCAGCCACGUAGCCGCCGCUCCGCUCCUCUCCCCCGGCCCCCCUUCCCCCUGAAUCAUGUCCAUUUCUUUUUCCCCCCGACCCGAACCGAAGGAAACUUUUAUUCUAGACUUAGAACUCCCAUUUUAAGCAGGUUUUUCCCUAAGGGCGUCUAUGUCUUUUUUUUUUUUUUUUAAGGAAGUCCCCCCCUCCCAAGCCAAAUUUAAAUUCAUAACGUGAAUUCCGUCAUGUACUGUGUAGUUUGGGGAGGGCAAAUUGUUCUCUCCCUAACGAUCUAUUUUCAUUUCGAGACCAGAAGAAAAACUGCAUUAAAAAAAUCUAUAAAGUACCCAAUCCACGUUAUCGCUGAAAACCUUGCCAAUUGAAUACGAGAUUUUACACAGGUCUCUAAUUUCAGAAGAGAUUGUUUAAGCCAAAACAUAGUGAUGAGCAAAUCUUUUAAGUACAUGUGGGAAAGGUUUCAUUUUCAAGGGAAUUUCCAACUUUAUCAUUAGAAUUUACUUUUUUAAAUAUAUAAUGUGUGUUGGGUAGCACUGUAAUUUAGAUAGCAUACUUAAGUUUUGUUUAAAUCUUAAUGUGGAGGAAGUUUGUUAUUAAUCCUAAGUAGAGUGGUCUAUUCUGAGCUUUCAUAGAGUUAGACCUUUUUAGGGAGAGUAUUUUUUAUCGUCGUAAGGAAAAGGAAUCUGUGCGCUUGAACCUUUUCCUUCUGAAAGGCUUAGUGGGGCUAAAAUGAUUCUUUUAGUUUUCUACUUCAACAGAAAGGGAAAGACCUGGUGUGAAAGACUUUUCUCCUCUCAAUCCAAAGGUAUAAUUUGUAGUAGUCCACCUCCUCUGUAAGGUUUUGCCUUACAGUUUCAACAAUUAAGUAUUUUAAUCCAGCUAGGAUCUGGCCAACUCUGUGAAAUAUGAGGUAAAAUAAGUUAAGAUUUUGCUGACUUUUAAAUUCACAUGUUAAAUCUUAACAUUAUGAAUUUUUUAAUUACUUGUAGAAUUUAAUUACCUAGUGAAGAUUCUGUUUCUAGUAAGUGAGGAUCUGAAUUUAGCAUUUUUUUCAUCCUUUUUUAAAGCAUACGCAACAAUAUGCCUGCCUUAUUUGAGGACACGAUAAAAUGUACCCAAAAUAACUUAGAACUGUUUGACUCCUCAGAAAAAUAACUUAAAAUAACCACCUCAUGGAUAAAAUGUUUUUAUACUAGGAACCGAUUUCAGCAAGUUUUAAAACUGAUAGUAUCUGUGUUUGGUACACAAGUGCAUUAAUUAGUUCUCAUAAUUUUAAUGAUGGUAAAUUAAGGUGAUCUCUCUUUCAGUAAUCUUAUAUGCAUAUCUUUCGAUGUUAUUUUAGCAGAAACAACAUAGGAGGAAAAAUCAAAAUGUCAUUUUAUCCAAUUCCUUGGGUGGCUUAAAACGUGUAACCCCAGCAAUGUCAAGCAUGUUGCUCUGCAAUCUUUUCUGUUUUAGAAGUAAUGGUGAACUGUGUAAAAUAAUGGCACCUUCCACGGAGAGGAUUUGAGAAUUGAUGUGGAUUGAAUAUAUUUUUCCAAGUGUUUUAAAUUGUGUGCUGUUUUCAGUAUAUGAAAAUGUUCACAAGAAACUAAUUUUAUGGCAUUUUUUUUAAUCAGCACUUGUACAGUACUCAAUUUGUGAAGCUUCUGCAGCUGAAUUAGAGCAAAUACGCUCAGGUUAUAAACCAAAUCACUCCUAUUUCUUCUCUUCAGUUUUCUCACCCCUCUUUUUUAAAAAACCUUCACUUGUAACUAGAGUAAAUCACUGCUUAUUUGCCUUUAAUACUUUAAAACUACUGGGUUGUUAGGCCUUGUUUAACUAUCUAUAGAGAGCUAUCUGCAAACUUAAGUUGUGUAAAUGUAAUUUCUACUUGUGGAUCUGCGCUGUUGCAACCCAGAGGGAACUAGGCGACCCGUCCCAGACCUCCAACUGAUUACUGAUAAGAUUCCUUGUAACGUACAAUUUUUUAACCUGUUGAUUAUGGGCUUGUUGGUAUAAAUAUAAUAUUAUUUUCACCUCAGUUUUCCUGGAAUAACAACAGUCAGUUUGGUAGUAGCCCGCCUGCUUGGACGAGACAAGGAUUAACAAUGUUUCUGCUCUGCUCUCCCACUUUGGUUUCUUUAAGACAAGUUUUCAGGAGAGUAGAGGUUUAAAGUUAGGAAGUGGGCUUUUUUUUUUUUUUUUUAAAUUAUAUAGUGAGUUCUUAGAGGAAGUGAAAUGGGAAGCAAGGAGUUGUUGAUCAAUCUAAGGUUCAGAAUAGAACUGUUAAAACUUAAAAGCCAGAUACUGGCUUUGGAGCUUUCUAAAGGUACUUAAGUAUACAGCCGUUAAAAGUUUUCAUGGCUAUUUGAAGGUGGGGGGAGAAAUAUUCUUGUAAUAAUUGUUCUUUUCUCAAGUUUCUGCCUUGUGCUUCAACUUGGAUUGCAUUAUUGUUUAUACCAAAAGAAAAGGAAACAAAAGCACAGGAGUUUCCUAUAUAUUAUAUAUUUCUGUUUAAUAUUUUAAAAUAAAAACAAUUUUCCCAAUA